AUGGCGAUUUUUGUAGCAUCUCGUCGACUGUCUAGUAGAUCGACGACCGCGACGUCCUUUUUGGCGGAGUCGUUGCGCUAUACAACAAGCUUCAGAUUGCACACGACUUCUUACAGGGAAGAAAGAGAUACAUUUGGGCCAAUUCGGGUUCCCUCCGACAAAUUAUGGGGUGCUCAAACACAGCGAUCAUUGCAAAAUUUUGAUAUUGGAGGCGAGCGAGAACGAAUGCCUGAACCAAUUAUACGUGCAUUUGGGAUUCUUAAAAAGUGCGCUGCAAAGGUGAACAUGACAUAUGGCCUUGAUCCAUCUAUUGGGAAAGCAAUUAUGCAGGCUGCUCAAGAAGUCGCCGAGGGAAAGUUAAAUGAUCAUUUUCCACUAGUGGUUUGGCAAACUGGUAGUGGCACUCAAAGUAACAUGAACGCCAAUGAGGUUAUUGCAAAUAGAGCUGCUGAAAUCCUCGGCCACAAGCGCGGUGAAAAGUUUGUGCAUCCAAAUGACCACGUCAACAGAUCGCAAUCUUCAAAUGACACUUUUCCUACUGUAAUGCACAUUGCAGCUGCAAUGGAAAUCAAUUCAAGAUUGAUACCUAACAUGAAACAGUUACAUACUUCGCUACAUACAAAGUCAGUCGAAUUUAAAGACAUUGUUAAAAUUGGUCGCACACACACUCAAGAUGCAACACCUUUGACCCUUGGACAAGAAUUUAGUGGCUACACCACUCAAGUGAAGUAUGGAAUUGAUCGAGUUUUGUGUACUCUUCCUCGCAUGUAUCAGCUUGCUCAAGGGGGCACUGCUGUAGGGACUGGAUUAAACACUAAGAAAGGGUUUGAUGUAAAGAUUGCUGCCUCAGUAGCUGAGGAAACUAAUUUGCCAUUUGUUACAGCUGAAAAUAAAUUUGAAGCAUUGGCUGCACAUGAUGCAUUUGUUGAAACCAGUGGAGCCUUAAACACGAUUGCUGCCUCUCUCAUGAAGGUGGCAAAUGACAUACGUUUCUUAGGAAGUGGUCCACGGUGUGGUCUAGGAGAACUCAUUCUUCCUGAAAAUGAACCUGGCAGCAGUAUCAUGCCGGGAAAGGUGAACCCUACUCAGUGUGAGGCUCUCACAAUGGUCUGUGCUCAGGUUAUGGGAAAUCAUGUAGCUGUUACUGUUGGGGGAUCAAAUGGCCAUUUUGAGCUGAAUGUAUUUAAGCCUAUGAUUGCCAGCAAUCUUUUACACUCAUUGAGAUUGAUUGGGGAUGCAUCAGCUUCUUUCGAGAAGAAUUGCGUGAGGGGAAUUCAAGCCAAUAAAGAAAGGAUAUCUAAACUAUUACAUGAGUCGCUCAUGCUUGUUACAUCUCUGAACCCGAAAAUUGGCUAUGACAAUGCUGCAUCAGUUGCCAAGACCGCCCACAAGGAGGGUAGUACUUUAAAGGAAGCUGCCUUGAAACUUGGAGUGCUCACUUCUGAAGAAUUUGAUAAGCUUGUAGUCCCGGAGAACAUGAUUGGUCCCUCGGACUAA